GUGCGAACCCCGGUCUGUGUGAGUUUGUGUUUUUUUUUCCCUCAAAAAAAAAACGUUCGUUUUGUGUGUAACGAGUGUUAGCAUUUUUAAUCGCAACAAAAAUUGCAAUAAAAAAAAUCUACCUUUUUACCUUCUUUUAGUUUUUUUUUGUAUAUUUUUCUCAAAUUUGUUAAUCGAAUUUUUUCAUCGAAAUAUUAUAUUAUUUAUAACAAUAAAACGGAGAUCCAUCGAAAAGAGCUCACAUCAGAAGAUAGAAAAAGAACGAGUAUAAAAAGUGAAAACUGAAGAAAAAAAAAAAAAGAGAAUUGAAUUUGUUCCCCUCCUCUCGCUCGUUUUUGAAUUUGUUCUUCCUCCUCCUCCUGGCGGCUGGCUGAUGAAUCUGAAUCGUAUCGCGAAAAAAAUCGACGACGAUUAAAUAAAAAAAAAAAGAAGAAAACUUGAAACAGCACACAGAAAAAAAAACGAAAAAACAGAAAAAUAAAAUAAAAAAACCCUUGAAAUAAAAAAUAUAAAUGAAAUAUUGAUCUUGUACUUGAUUUUGAUAGUUUUGUCGAGUUUAACCAAUAAAUAAAUAAAAAUUAUUUUGUUUCGCUCAGAAGAGACAUUUUCUAGUUCUGUUUGAUUCUACCUACAAAAAAAGAAAAAAAAAAAAACAUCGAACUGCGAAAAGAUUUUUGUAAAAUUUUGUUAAGAAAAAAAGUUCACCACUUCGCCGCUGUCAGGAGAGUAAUUUUGAUUUUUUUUUUUUUGUUUUUUUGUUGGAUUUUUUUCUUGUCCCAACUUUAACUCAGCGCUCCUGCUGCCACUAUUUGGCAUUGCUAGAGCAGAGCCACAUUGCCGCCGCCAACCCCCGUUUUGCUGAAUGAUUGUUUUAUGAGGUGGAGACUGGAGAGGAAAAGAGGCGACUCGACUGUCGACUGACUGUGCGAACUGUUAAUUUGACAUGGCCGGUAAUGGCGAAGCAUCUUGGUGCUUCUCACAAAUCAAGGGAGCCUUAGACGAUGAUGUUACAGAUGCGGACAUCAUCUCUUGUGUGGAAUUUAACCAUGAUGGUGAGCUUCUCGCCACAGGCGACAAAGGUGGUCGCGUUGUUAUAUUUCAGAGAGAUCCGACAUCGAAAUCAUCGUUGCCCCGGCGCGGGGAGUAUAAUGUCUACUCAACAUUUCAAUCGCACGAGCCCGAAUUCGAUUACCUGAAAUCGCUAGAAAUCGAAGAAAAAAUUAAUAAGAUACGAUGGCUUCGAAGAAAAAAUCCUGCGCAUUUUCUGUUGUCAACAAAUGACAAAACAGUCAAACUUUGGAAGGUCUCCGAGCGUGAUAAAUCGUUUGAGGGCUACAAUACGAAGGAGGAGAAUGGUCUUAUUAAAGAUCCUACGUGUAUAACAGCCUUACGAGUUCCUUCAGUUAAGCAUAUUCCUCUAAUGGUAGAGGCGUCACCCAGACGCAUCUUCGCCAAUGCACACACCUAUCACAUUAAUUCGAUAUCUGUUAAUUCUGACCAAGAGACGUAUCUCUCUGCCGAUGAUUUGAGAAUCAAUCUAUGGAAUCUUGAGAUAACCGAUCAGAGUUUCAAUAUUGUGGAUAUUAAGCCAACCAAUAUGGAGGAAUUAACAGAGGUCAUAACUGCUGCCGAAUUUCAUCCAACCGAAUGCAAUGUAUUCGUGUACUCGAGUAGUAAGGGCACAAUUCGUCUAUGUGAUAUGCGAUCAUCGGCGUUAUGCGAUAGACAUAGCAAACAAUUUGAAGAACCCGAAAAUCCAACAAAUCGGAGCUUUUUCAGUGAAAUAAUUAGUUCUAUCAGUGACGUUAAGUUAAGUAAUUCCGGCAGAUAUAUGAUCUCAAGAGAUUAUUUAAGCAUUAAAGUGUGGGAUUUGCAUAUGGAAACAAAACCAAUUGAAACAUACCCGGUCCAUGAAUAUUUACGGGCAAAAUUAUGCUCCCUCUAUGAAAACGAUUGCAUUUUCGAUAAGUUCGAGUGCUGCUGGAACGGUAAUGACACAUCGAUUAUGACUGGAAGUUACAAUAAUUUCUUCCGCGUAUUCGACCGCACCACUAAAAAGGAUGUAACACUCGAAGCAUCUAGGGAUAUAAUUAAACCAAAAACCGUGUUAAAACCGCGUAAAGUUUGCACUGGUGGUAAACGAAAAAAGGACGAAAUCAGCGUAGAUUGCUUGGAUUUCAACAAAAAAAUAUUACACACAGCCUGGCAUCCACUAGAAAAUAUAAUCGCUGUUGCAGCAACCAAUAAUUUGUUUAUAUUUCAGGAUAAAUUUUAGCUAACACUUUUGUUAUUGAUGUUUAAUUAUAAUUAUUAUUUUUAUUAUUAUUGCUAUUACAAUUACAAUAAUUAUCAUUAAUUUUUAUUUUUUUUUUUCAUUUAACAUUGCUUACAUUACAUAAUGCAAAGAAAGAAAAAAAAACAAUCACAACAAACAAAAUGCUGCAACAAAAAUCAAUUCCUUUUUUUUAAUUGUAAUCAAACAAAAAAACAAACAAAAAAUAUAAACAAACGAAAGUAAAUUCAAUUAUUUAAGCCUAAAGGAGAAAAUAAAAAAUAAAACUAAAAAUAAAAAACAAAGAUAACAAAAAAAAAAAAAAA